AAGUUGUUGUUGUAGCAACGGUUGUUAGCGUCGGCGUAGCAAACACCCGAAAGAAUUAAGUGAGCUCCUUUCGAAAACGAAGGAUAUUGUAACCAGAACUUCAUAUCUCCGAGAUGUAAACCAAAUAUAGCUAUUGUUUGUGUAACCACAAGAGCUUAAACUAAUAAUUUACUUACUUAUUAAAUGUUAGCAACUCAUUUUAGCAAUGUGCUAAUGUAGCUUUACGGCAUUCCACAGUUUUUAGUAACUUUAGCUUCGGCUUUCGGGCGCCAGUAAGUAUUUAUUGCUUCGCUGUUCGUCUUUACUCCGUACAACUUGAAGCCAACAGUGCUAGUAUGUCGGCUGUCAGCAGUCUUGUCCCUGCCCGGUUUCUCACCCUCAUAGCUCACCUUGUCAUCGUUAUCACCAUCUUUUGGUCAAGGGAAAAUAAUGUGAAAGCUUGUUUACCUUUGGAUUUUACCCAAGAGCAGUAUGACAGUGAAGACAAAAAGUUGUUGGUGGGCCUGGGAAUCACCCUCGGUCUGUUUGCAAUAGAGCUGACUGGUUUCUUUUCCGGAGUGUCCAUGUUUAACUCCAGCCAAAGUCUUCUUUGUAUCCUUUACUUUGAUAGUUGGCGCGACUUUUACCUUUAUUGUAGUUGUAAAACUCAUACUCAUAAGUCAAUAUAUUUUUGGAUUAAAGUCUCUUUUGUUAGUUGCUCUAAUUUCUCAACAACCUUCAGCCUGCCACAGUUUGUGAUUAUCAGUGACUUUAGAAAAUUUUCUGUAGGGUUAAUGUAGAACUAGCAGGGAUACAAUAAAAAAAAGUGUCUCCUUAGAAAUAAAGCACAACAAAUACAGCUUUAAAGAUUUUUCAGUUAUUUUAUGAACAGGUUAAAAUCCAUGACUAUCAUCUUGCUUCUGUUUAACGUUUGUCUACAAUAGCAACAGGAGUCCAUGCCAGUGCCUCAGUGGCUCUGCUUUUCUUUCAAUUUGAGCAGUGGAAUUGUGAGAUCUACUGGUGGAUCCUUGCCAUUUGCAGGUUAGUGU